UUCGGAGCACCACACAGCUCAAAAGCCUAUACUCAGACUGGUGAGUUCACAGUGCAACGGAGUGCCUUUGUGUUGGUUAUCUUCAACUUCUUCAUCAUCUUGCUGAAUGUUUGAAUUCACUGGUCCAGUGGAAGGAUGAAUUUGUUCUGAUAAUGACUGAAUAGCUUGUUUGUAAUACCAAUAAUUUUUUUUACAGCAUUUUUCAUUUUGGAAAUCAAUUUUUAUACAACUUUUAAAUAGAUUUUUUUCUGUAAUUGCAGUUGGUUCCGCUUGAAAGAUUUCAUGAAGACGUGGAUAUUAUUCCAAAUAGCAGCCCUGGCUGCUCUUACUGCUGCCCAGCAGGACUGCUCAAAAGGCGCCUGUUACCCCCCCGCGGGAGACCUGCUCCUGGGCCGGGCAAAGCAGCUCCAUGCCUCCUCCACCUGCGGUCUGCUUGGCUCAGAGGUGUUCUGUACACCCUAUGGACUGACGAGAAUGAAGUGCUGUCCCUGUGAUUCGCAAAACCCUGAGGGUCCGAACGCACACACCAUCCAGGAGGUGCUCUCCACCUCAGCACCCCACAGGUGGUGGCAGUCAAGGAAAGGCGUGAGUCCAGUUAGCCUGCAGCUGGACCUGAGUAACCCCUUCCAGCUGGACACCCUGGUUAUGAAGUUCAAGGGACCCCGCCCCGACGCGCUAAUCAUUGAGCGAUCGACAGAUUUCGGGCGCACCUGGACGCCUGCCCUGUACAUGGCCACAGACUGCCGCUCGACCUUCCCCUCCAUCAGCAUCUCCAUGCCCCAAAACCUGGAGCACACCUACUGCUACCCCCUGCUACCCAUCACCGGCAACCACUACCUGGACCAGACGAUUUACUUCUACCCAUUACGCCAGUUUUCUGACGUCAGUACCCCAAACAGCCAUAAGAUCGAGGAGGUGACUGACUUCACCAACCUGCGAGUGAACCUCACCCAGCUGGGACAGGUACCCCACGUGCCCGGCCGUUCGCCGAGCCGCUUCUACGCCCUGAAGGAGAUGCAGGUGCUGGGCUCCUGCUUCUGCCACGGCCAUGCCAACCGAUGCCUGCCCGACCACACCACCAACCAGCUUCCCUCCACACAGGUGAGUCCAGUGUGUGAGUGCCAGCACAACACCGCCGGGGUGAACUGUGAACGCUGCGCGGAACUCUACAACGACCUGCCCUGGAAACACGCCGAGGAGGGCCGCCCCAACGCCUGCAAACGCUGCGAGUGCAACAACCAUGCCAAGCGCUGCAGAUUUGACCGGAAACGUUACGAGGCCAGUGGACGUGUGAGCGGGGGUGUGUGUGAGGGGUGCAUGCACAACACCGCCGGGCCCAACUGUGAACAGUGCGCCCCUAAUUACUACCGCAACCCCAGGAGUGCCAUCGACCGCACCGACACCUGCUUGCGGUGCCAGUGCAGUGCGGAAGGGGCAGAGCAGGGCAGUCAGUGCGACAGCACGGGGGCGUGCCGAUGCAAGGCCAACGUGGAGGGCCCGCGUUGUGAGCGCUGCAAGAAGGGGUACUACGGCCUGAACGCCGCCAACCCCCUGGGAUGCUCCAGGUGCCAGUGCAGUGCAGAAGGGGCGGAGCAGGGCGGGCAGUGCGACAGCACGGGGGCGUGCCUAUGCAAGGCCAACGUGGAGGGCCCGCGCUGUGACCGCUGCAGGAAGGGGUACUACGGCCUGAACGCCGCCAACCCCCUGGGGUGCUCCAGGUGCCAGUGCAGUGCGGAAGGGGCGGAGCAGGGCAGUCAGUGCGACAGCACGGGGGCGUGCCGAUGCAAGGCCAAUGUGGAGGGCCCGCGUUGUGAGCGCUGCAGGAAGGGGUACUACAGCCUAAACGCCGCCAACCCCCUGGGAUGCUCCAGGUGCCAGUGCAGUGCGGAAGGGGCGGAGCAGGGCGGGCAGUGCGACAGCACGGGGGCGUGCCUAUGCAAGGCCAACGUGGAGGGCCCGCGCUGUGAGCGCUGCAGGAAGGGGUACUAUGGCCUGAACGCCGCCAACCCCCUGGGGUGCUCCAAAUGCUCCUGCAGCGUGGACGGCUCUUCGUCUGACGACGCCUGUGACCCCCUGACCGGCCAGUGCAGCUGCCCCCCCAAUGUUCAGGGUCUUGCCUGUGACCGCUGUGCCCCCGGCUUCUGGAAACUGUCCCCCACCCGCGGCUGCGAGCGCUGCAGCUGUGACCCGACCAACUCCCUCAGCAAAACCUGCGACCAGCUGACAGGCCAGUGUCAGUGUCGGUUUGGGUUUGGGGGCCGGACCUGCGAAGAAUGCCCAGACAACACCUACGGUGACCCAGACACAACUUGCCGGCGGUGUAAGUGCGACCUCACCGGCACUGAGCCAGGAGGCUGCGACAAGAAGACGGGGCAAUGCAAGUGCCUGCCCGGCGUGACGGGCGAACGCUGCGACGCCUGCGCCCGCGGGCGCUGCGACCGCUACCCCGACUGCCCCGCCUGCCCCUCGUGCUUCUUCACCCUGGACCGCCAGCUCAAGGACUUCACCCUCAGCCUGCGUCGCCUCGUCUCCCAGGCACCCACCCUACCCGAGACCACCCCGACGGACCUGACCCCCCGCAUCCGGGCCCUGGAGGACACCCUCUCCAAAAUCCGGGACACCCUGCCGCUCCCGGCCCCCUCCGACAGCCGGGUGGACAAGCUCCUCGCAGACCUGCGCAGACUCAGGGAGAAAGCAGGCCAACUGGACCCAGAACUCUUCCCCACAGACGAAGUCCCAGCUCUGGCCAAACAGCUCGAUGAUCUCAGGGCCGAACUCGCGGGCCUGAACCUGGACUACAACAGCAAGAAAGACGCCCUGAAAAACGUCGUCAAUGCCAGUCUUGGAGAUGCCUUUGCGACCAUAAAGAAGGCAUACGACGAAUCAACAGACGCGUUGAAGAAUGCUGAGGGGACCCAGCCCGUGGUGGAGAAGUCAGAGACGACCCGUAAAGAUGCAACCGAUUUGGAGGGAACAGUCCAGCCCACCAACACAGCGGACCUGAAGAACCUGGAUGACCAGCUGGCCUCUCGGCCCAACCUUACUCCGGCGGCAAAGCAGGUCUGCGGCAGCACUCGCUCCACCCCCUGCACGCCCGCGCAGUGUGACGGGGAGCUCUGCCCCGAACCCGGUACCGUCUCCUGCGUGGAGGGCAAGACCUGCGUCGGAGCCCUGCCCCUGGGGGAGAAGGCCCUGAAAGACACAGAGGAGGUCAAAAACAGGCUGCAGCAGCUCAACAAGAAGAUCCAGGAGGCAGCAGACAAGAUCCAAGCCGCAGAGGACUCAGCCAAUGACGUGAGGCAAUCCACAGAUGAUCUCUCCAAUCAGAUUAAACAGGCCCGGAAUGGUCUGGAUGAUGAAUUGGGAGACAUCAAAAAGUUUGUCAAGAACCUGAAGGACUUCUUGUCAGACCCCUUGUUGGACCCGACCGCCAUUCAGACAGUAAGCGAGGAGAUCCUGGCCACCAAGCUGCCUCUCAGCCUGGCCGCUUUGAAGCGGAAGAUCCAGGAGAUCGAAAAGCUGGCCGCUGGCCUCCCGGACAGCAGCAAGCUCCUGGCCAGCACCACUCCACAGCUGGACCUCGCCCGCAAACUGCUGGGCGAGGCGCAGGACGCCAGGGACACGGCCCUGGGGGUGAAGGGCAAAGUGGACAAGCUGCUGGGAGACCUGGGCAGCGCAGAGGAGUUACUGGAAGACGUGGACGGCAAGAUCCAGGACACUCUGGACGUUUUGGACACUGUCACCGCCAACAUUGCAGAGGCCAAGAAAAAGCUGGACCCCGCCACAACGUUACUGGAUGAGGUGACGGGCCUAACGGGCACUAUGCUGCCCGAGCUGGACAAGCUGAAGGAGCUGGUGCAGAACGAGACUGAGAACGCCCAAAAGGCCCAGGUCGACGCCGAAGCCGCCAAACAGGAAGCUGACGACGCCACCAAGGAUCUGCAGGCUCUAGAGGACCAGCUGGAGCUCCUGCGACAGAAAGCCAAGGAGGCUGAUGGGAAGGGGGAGGUUGCGAGCGGCGCCGGGGAAAGGCUUAAAAAGCUGCAGGAGGAGUCCGGGACCCUCAUCCAGGACACCAUGGACAUGAUGAGGAACCUCACAGGUGCCGAGGAGUCCCUCGCCGAGGCCACGAACCAGCUGCUGAAGAAGGCUCAGAACCUGACCGGGCUGGACAAGAGGCUGCAGAAGCUCCUGGACGAAAUCCGAGCCAAGGCCGACUACAUGAGCUCCUGCCGCGGGUGAGCGGCGACGUCUCCCGCUGCAACCGCGGCGACCGGCUACCACGGCGACCGCCCGGGCCGCCGCACGCCGGUCCACCCGAAGCACGUUUUCCUCUGUGGACUUUUUAACCUCGCUAACACUCAGGUGUUCCCAUUUGUUGUAGCUUUUUUGUUGUGCUUUAUGGGUAACCCCAAAAAACAGCAUCUGCCGAGUGGCUGUAGUGUGCUGCUGGAGCUCUCAUGGCUCCAAGUCAGCGCUGAUAUGGGGGCCUGAACAACACUGAGCACUUUGCACAGACGGCUUGGAACCCCGCCGUUCUUCACCCUGCCUUGACCAUGUUUUCUUAAUUAAUUUAUUGUUUAUUUAUGAACCGUCGCUAAACCAGGCGUUGGCACGUCUGGUCCUGGAGGGCCGAAACAGACUAAACCGACUGAAAACACACUCGCUUUGGUCAGCGUAUAUCACCAGCUUUUAAAGGGAAAUGCAUCAAUCUGGUCUAUCAAGCCAGUUAGGCAUCAGAUGCCCUCUUGGUCCCCUGUUCUAGAACAGGAGGUGUGAAAUUGUAUUACCAGAUGUUAUACAGUAAUUCAAAGACCUCCAAAGUCAGGAUUACAUCCCUGACAUCUUGUAUUUUCUCUGAUGAGGCAUUUUCUGUGGUGAUAAACGUUUACUGGAUCAAUGCAAAUCUACCGCAAGAUGUAGUUUUUUUAUUGUAUGUUAUCAAUGCUGCCAACCCCAUCCCAUAGAGAGUUGAGGUCUAAUUCUGAAUGGAUGGUGAUAGAGAUGUUUUCAGUUUUUUUUUGUCUGAAUCAGCCCACUGUACUCAUCACUGGGCACAACACAGGAUCUCCAUGUGUCCUGUUAUUAGCAUUUUUCUCCAAUAAAAGCAUUUUUUAAAGAUUGUA